UAUUUCUGUGGGAACGAGCCUCACCGAGGCAAUGACAUCGCGUGGCUCAAGCGAUCCCUAGGCAACAAAGAAAUCUUGAGACAUUGUGUUGGGGUCCGUAGCGCAUGCUGUUGCUGCCUGGUUGUGCAUGGAGCUGUCCAACAGGAUCAAAAGCUCUCAGCUUCGGCAUUGAAGACUCACAUCAGCUGUUUUGCAAACGGUUACCUCCAAACACUCAAAAACACCGACAAUCAUCCUAGAAUGUCUUCCUCUUAUACUGGCAAUGUCCCGCCCCCUCCGCCCCAGCCGCUCGUCGCGAAGGCUUCAACUCCGCCCCCGGCCCCACCGCCGCCAACCGUGCCCCCGACAGGUCCCCCUGGAGCUUUCUUGGUCGAAUUACUGAUUUACAAUGGCUCACCAUUCAAAGACCACUGGGCGUACUUCGUGCGUUCUCAUACCGAAGUUGAUGUUGGAGUCAAGAUUCAUGCGACCGGUGAUGUGCGUAAUGGCUUCAAAUUCGAGGUCAAACGCAGUCAUGACCUCACAAACACUUCAGAUAUCCCUACAAAGAGAGUCCCGCUGCAGUGGGUCGAUGCUCAGCACUUUGACGAAGACGUGAUGCUCAACUGGGGAGUGGAAGAGAUUGAUGAGAGGCCUGUUUGCGGGUUCGAGGCCAGUGCAUACAAGGCAAAGGCUCCCGAGAAGACUUUGAAUGCAGCCGAAGACAAAGAUUCAUCUGGCAAAAAGGUCAUCCUCAAGGACUGCCAAACAUGGUUGGUGGAGGCAGCGGGCUACCUUGUUGAAGAUCGCAUGUUCAGUCCUGAAGUUUCUAUUUACCUGCACGCGAUUAAGCAGUGAGUCUUAGGUGAUCUCUCGAGGUUCCCAGAUUUAGAGGUAUUCAAGCUUUCUUUCAGCUCCGAGGUCACUGACUCAGACAAGACCCGACUCUGACUUUGAGUGUGGGAAACAAGGUCGGACUUAAGUUCACAGAGCAGCGAGCUUAAGUCCAUGUCAGCUUGCAGACCGGGUUUAACAGAUAUAAGAAUGCAGACUCC